CUCAGUGGGACGAGUCUGUUAGGGGGAAACAACACGGAACUUCUCCUCAGUUUGACAGAAGACAGAAACACGCGCAACUAACCCUGAAAAAACCACUGACAAACUUCACGAGACGCUCGCGAGACUCACCAGCAGAGGUUGGUUAUCCUUAUUAUUUAUUAUUAUUCAGUAAAGUAAUUAAUACUGCCUGUAAAGUUUGUGGGGUUUACUUUCUGUUUGUGUUUAUGUUCUUAUCAGAAAUAAUAUCAUUAUCUUUACAUUUGUAAAGCUGUUGCCUCUUUCAUUUUCAGUCUAGGUCCAAGCAGUAGACUAUUGCAGCAAAAAUCAACAGGCAUGACUGUUUCUUUUGCAAAAUAAACAUUCAGAAAACCUAUUUUAAUAUGAUUCAGUCGGCAUUAACCAAAAGCCACAUAAGCAAGCAAUUCCGAGUAAAACAUUAAUGUUUCUGCUUUUGCAAAAGCCGGAAUUCAAUUCCCUCUGAGUCGUCUGUCACUGAUCUGGGGCCGUCGAUCUUUCAUUUAAUCUCAUGGUCGUCGCUUCAUCCACGGAGCAAAUCCUGCGAUGGCCCAGAUUUAAGUGCUGCCGGGGCUUUACCAGUUCACAAGAUGACCGGGAUUACUCUGAGGGAGAGGAGAGAGGACAGAGAAAGAGGGGGCAGUAGGAAUAAUAACAAAAAAAAGAUAAUGAAUUUAUAUGGAGUCUAAUUGUCAUAAUUUACCACUAAGUUAUAGUCAGUGUCAUCUCUCCACUGCACGAUAUUGACUCUGACAGCAACACCUUACAGGAUAGAGCUGUCCAGUGCUGAAACUGUCAGGUUGGUGGUUUGAGAGCAGCUGACAACCCUGUGGAGAGAAUAGACUUUAACACAAAACAAAAACAUAUCCCCACUAAAUCUGGAUAGCACCCUCACAUCAUUUAAUAUGCAUUCUUUCUGUCAUUAAAUUUCAACAACUCACAACUAUUAAAUGGUAUUUUUUCAUGUAAAUCAUGACACAGUCCAUGAGUAAGAAUUAGUUUUGUUGUUUUUUUUUUGCACUGGAAAAAUGUAGAGAAUGUUUUAUAGUCAGUAAUUUGAUAGAAUUUAAAUAACAAAACUCAACUUUAUUUAUAGAGCACUUUAAAAACAACCAAAGCAGACACAAAGUGCUGUUCAUAAUAACAUAAGACAACAAUAAAUAGUUGAUAAGUUGAAUAGUAUGAUAAAAAGCAAUUAAAAAAAAAAACAGAAAACAAAUGCCCUCUCAUGCUGGGUCAAAAGCCAAGGAGUGAAAGUGGGUUUUUAGACGAAAUAACUAAAGAUGUAGCGUGCAAUAUUUGUUUUAAACUUUGUCAAGAACUAGCAAAUACUAUGAAAGUGUCCAGUGGUACAUUGUUACUUUCAUUUUUCACACUGCUUGUGUGUAUGACAAGAAGUUUCCAAUCAUCCAUAGAACAGACUGGGUUCAACUAUUUUUAUUUUAUCCAAUGUUUGUGAAUUCAGCUGCACUCAGUAAUAAAAAAGAAUAGCAUGAAACAGUGAGGACAGACUAGCUUUAUAAAAGACAACCCUAUAAAGCGAAUGACUCUAAUGACAAAUAUCUUCUCUGUCUCCGCAGUAACAUGAUGAUCAAGCCAUACGCUAGACAAGGCGAGGGAGAGGAGGUGGUCAGUCCUCUCCAGUGGAUGGAUAGAGACAUGAGCUCACCCGAUGGGGAAGCAUCAGGCUCGUCACAGAUCUUUAGAGCUGCUGAAGGAAACCAACAGUUCCAUGAGAUGGGGAGUGAGGAUGCAGAGGAAGAUGAAGACGACGAGGAGGGUCAGGAGGAUGAAAGUGGGUCCAGGCGACGAGGGCCGAAGAAAAAGCGCAUGACCAAGGCCCGGCAGGAACGGUUCCGUGCAAGACGGGUGAAAGCCAACGCCAGGGAGCGUUCAAGGAUGCAUGGCCUGAAUGAUGCGCUGGAGAACCUGCGCAGCAUCAUGCCCUGCCACUCCAAAACUCAGAAACUAUCCAAGAUCGAGACUUUACGGCUGGCUCGCAACUACAUCUGCGCUCUGUCUGAGGCACUUGAGGGGGGUCUGUCCACAGAGAGCAGGGCCUUCAUGGAGACACUGUGUAAGGGCCUCUCCCAGCCCACCACCAACCUGGUGGCGGGCUGCUUACAGCUAGGACCAGCUCCCAGCAAUGGGAUGAGACCCGAGGACAGACACAGGGUCCGAGUACCACCUACUUCUCUGGGUGGCAUGGUGAGCUACUCCUCCCCAGGCCUGCCGAGUCCACCAUAUGGCACCUUUGACUCUGCUCACCUGCUCCACCUGAGGGCCAUGAAAGGUGGGGUGUACGAGAGCCACUCACCCAAUGAAUACAACACAGGUGGUGUGGGGACCCCUCCCUACGAUGGACCCCCUACACCCCCUCUAAGCAUCAGCAGCAACCUGGUGACCAAACAGGAACCAUCGCCCCACUACCAGGCCACGCAGCACUACUCCCCCUCUCCUGUGGAGCAGGGCCUGUAUCAGACUCAGCCUGGAUAUGAUGUUCACUUAGAGGGAACGUAUGACUCCUACCAUGCAGCACACAUGCCCCCCAGACAGAUCACCUCUGUGUACAGGGACUGA